AUGGAGGCAAUCAUUCCAACCAAAAGCAAAAUACCCACCUCCAGGACCGAGGUCGCCUCAGACAGCCAGAACGACGAAGCAAUAUGUCACGAGCUCGACACACUUGAUGAAAAGAGAGAUACAACAAGACUACGGCUUGCCUCAUACCAGCAAAGUGUCUCCAGACACUACAACAGGCAUGUUCACACUCAGACAUUCAAGCUGGGCAAUUGGGUGCUCCGAUGUGUAUUCCAAAACACUAAGGAGAUCGGAGUUGGCAAGUUGGGUCCAACCUGGGAAGGAUCAUACCUGAUCACCAAGCUGUUCGGGAAUGAUGCUUACAAACUGCAGGAUAAAGAUGGGCGCGACAUCGGCAACAUUUUAUCCAGACCAAGUCGGAACUACAUCGGACUUGAUCCCGUCAAAGGGUAUGUAGGCAACUCUACGGAGCAUAGCUCUAUGGAGCACAGUCCGGCCUAA